AUGGACGCAGCGAGUCAGCUUGUCUGCUGCGGAAUCGAACCCUUCCGGCGGAAUUUUCCGGCUGGGACUCACUCGGCUUCGACGUUAAAGAAGAGAAUCGAUCACAAUUCGCUUCCGAGAGUUGUUAGGAUUCGGAGACGACACGGUGUCGUACGCGCCGUGGCUAUCGAGCCGAGACCAACAGAAACCAAGUCUUCUUCAAGUACAGUUAAAGUCAUCAAUGGGUCUCCCAAAUCACCGUCGUCGAAGCAGGUCAAUGGAGUUUCUACUAGAGUCGGAGACGUUUCGAAAGAGAUCAAACGAGUGAGAGCACAGAUGGAAGAAAAUGAGGAUUUGGCAAUACUUAUGAGGGGGCUCAGGGGUCAAAAUUUGAGAGAUGAGCUAUUUGCUGACAACAAUAUCAAGCUCCGCCUAGUUGAGGUUGAUGAAAGCAGUGAUUUUUUGCCUUUGGUGUAUGAUCCUGCUACCAUCUCUGCAUAUUGGGGAAAACGACCACGUGCUGUUGCAACCCGUAUUGUUCAGCUAUUGUCUGUUGCUGGAGGUUUUCUUUCACGUCUUGCUUGGGAUGUGAUAAACAAGAAGGUCAAACAGAAUGAAGUUGCUCGAGCAAUUGAGCUAAGGGAAAUUGUAACCUCUUUGGGUCCAGCAUAUAUAAAACUUGGGCAAGCAUUGAGCAUUCGGCCAGAUAUACUCUCACCUGUUGCAAUGAUUGAACUGCAAAAACUUUGUGACAAGGUUCCAUCAUUUCCUGAUGACGUUGCUAUGGCUCUUAUAGAGGAGGAGCUUGGUCAGCCAUGGCAAAACAAUUAUUCUGAUCUUUCUCCCUCUCCUAUUGCUGCUGUUUCUGAAAUUUGUUCCACUCGUUUUUGUUGUGGAAAAUCCAUGGCAGCAUCUCUGGGACAGGUGUAUAAGGGCCGGCUGAAAGAAAAUGGGGAUUUAGUAGCUGUUAAAGUACAGAGGCCUUUCGUCCUUGAGACUGUAACUGUUGAUCUGUAUGUCAUACGGAACUUGGGUUUGGUUCUUCGGAAAUUUCCUCAGAUCUCGAUUGACGUGGUUGGAUUGGUUGAUGAAUGGGCUGCUCGUUUUUUUGAGGAGCUUGAUUAUGUUAAUGAGGGUAAAAAUGGAACACUCUUUGCUGAGAUGAUGAAAAAAGACCUUCCACAGGUUGUUGUACCAAGAACUUAUGAAAAAUAUACUUCAAGAAAGGUCCUCACCACUGCAUGGAUAGAAGGAGAAAAGCUGUCACAAAGUACAGAAAGUGAUGUUGGGGAAUUGGUGAAUGUUGGGGUCAUAUGUUACUUAAAGCAGUUGUAUUUCUUUGAUGAUAUCUCUGUGAUGUAG